AUGACCGAACGAACCGUGCUCGAAUGGGCACCGAAGGGGAAGCCAGGUGUAGCUGCGGCUUCGGAUGACGUAGAAGAGCUGGCAGUCCUGGUUGACGUUGCGAAGGUGCUUGAGGCGAGAGACGAUGUGGUGGAGGCAGGCUUGGUUGUGGUAGGAACUGGAGUCGACGAAGCGGCCGCGCUGGUGCUUGUUGUGGAAGGAGAGGACGAGCUCGACUGUGAGGCCGAUGAAGUGCUCGGGUUCGCUGUGCUAGAGCUGCUGGUAGGUGUAGACGAGCUACUCAAGCGGGAGCUGGACGAAGUGGGGGAAGAGGUUGCGACCGUGCUUGAAGCUGGGUCGGCUGCGGUUGUGCGUGCGCUGGUGGUGGUGAGCGACGAGGAGCUGGAUGUACGAGCGCUCGAAACCGAUGGGCUGGCAUUUGCAGCGCUGCUAGAGGGCGCGGAGCUGCUAACAGCUGGGCUGCUCGAGGCAGAUGCUCCGGCAUUUGCAACGCUGGUGGAUGGCGUAGAGCUGCUGACCGUCAGGCUGGAGGCAGCCGCAGACGACACGGCCGAUGAGCUGGUAACAGAUGGCGAUCCGCUUGACGAGCCGCUGCCGGAGCUUGAAGUCGUGGACGCUGUGGAAGUGCUCGCCGUGGAUGGGUCUGAGCUGCUAGACGAGGCGCUGCCAGAGCUGAUAGCCGACGACGAGGGCGCAGCUGACGACGAAACGGCACCGGCGGAAGAUGCACCCGACACGGCACCUGAGCCUCCGGUUGCCGGAGUAGCCUGCGCCGUACCGUUGGUGGCAGAAGCACUGACGCUACCCGAUGCAGAGGACGUGCUCGAGACAGUCGUUGUUGGGCUGGAGCUGGCUGGGACAGAGCUUGAUAAGCCGCUCGACACGCCGCUUGCUGUGGCACCCGCGGAGGAUGCCGUCGAUGAGCUGGAGGAGGUGCCGGCAGUGGCUUGA